AUGGCAUGUCCCGUGUCUGAUACGUAUCAGACACCGAUACUCGCUACAGCUAAUGGGUUAGGAGCACAUUUUAAUCCUAAAAUAUUGACACAUGGUGCUCCUGAGGAUGAAAUCUGUCAUGCAAGUGACCUGGGAAACAUAGUUGCUAAUGCAGAUGGGUUUGGAGAGGCUUCAAUCGUGGAUAAUCAGAUACCACUCUCUGGCCCCAAUUCAGUAGUUGGAAGAGCCUUGGUGGUUAAUGAGCUUGAGGAUGACCUUGGAAAGGGGGGUCAUGAACUUAGUUUGACAACUGGAAAUGCUGGUGGAAGAUUAGCAUGUGGUGUGGUUGGUUUGACUCCAGCAUAAUUAGUGCAGGAAAUGUUUAGUCGUGUUAUUUUUCCGAUGAUGUUUUUUUUUCUUUCUUUUUGUUAUUUCUUUGGGUUACCCCCGUCCCGUGAAGCACGAUGAGUCGCUGUUGUUUGCUUUCUUGAGUCGCCAUGUAAACUAUAAACUAUAAAGCAUAAGGUCCAUCUAAAGACAAGUGCUCUGAAAACAUAUCAUUCCUUCACCGGUGUGUACACCCUAAUAAAAUUCAUCAUGCGGUCAGGUGUUUAUUCCCCAAUGAAA